CAGCACUGCCUCGUAUUAUCGAUAACAGGGAUGAGCUUGCGUUGUUGUUCUUAGCUAGUGCGAAAUAAAUUGGAAUACAUUGAACCCGGCGGAAAACUGUGCAAAUCCAACAUGGGCAUCUCGACGGCGAUCCUGCGCAACCAGCUGAUGGGCCUGAACAACUUCCCCGGCACGCACAAGGACCAGGCGGACAAAUACCGUCAGCUCCUGAAGACGGUGCUAGCAAACACCGGCCAGGAGCUGAUUGACGGCCUGCGGCUGUUUGUGGAGGCGAUUGUGAACGAGCACGUUAGCUUGGUGAUCUCGCGCCAGAUCCUCAACGAUGUGGGCGUUGAGCUUAGCAAGCUGCCCGACGACCUCUCCAAGCAGCUCUCUCACUUCACUCUGGAGAAGGUCCAUCCGCGUGUGAUCUCGUUCGAAGAGCAGGUGGCCGGCAUCCGGUUCCACUUGGCCAAUAUAUACGAGCGCAACCAGCAGUGGCGCGAGGCAGCCACGGUACUAGUUGGCAUUCCCCUGGAAACGGGCCAGAAGCAGUAUUCCGUGGAGUGCAAGCUGGGCACCUACCUGAAAAUUGCCCGUCUUUACUUGGAGGACAACGACUCGGUGCAAGCCGAGCUGUUCAUCAAUCGGGCCUCGCUGCUGCAGGCCGAGACCAAUUCCGAGGAGCUGCAAGUUCUUUACAAAGUCUGCUAUGCUCGUGUCCUAGAUUACAGGCGCAAGUUCAUCGAGGCCGCCCAGCGCUACAACGAGCUCUCCUACCGCAAGAUCGUGGACCAGGGCGAGCGCAUGACGGCACUGAAGAAGGCGCUUAUUUGCACAGUUCUAGCCUCUGCCGGCCAGCAGCGUUCACGCAUGUUGGCCACUCUCUUCAAAGACGAGCGCUGCCAGCAUCUACCGGCCUACGGUAUCCUGGAGAAGAUGUACUUGGAGCGCAUCAUUCGGCGCUCUGAGCUUCAGGAGUUCGAGGCCCUGCUGCAGGACCACCAGAAGGCGGCAACGCCAGACGGCUCCUCGAUCCUGGACCGGGCCGUCUUCGAGCACAACCUGCUGUCGGCAAGCAAGCUAUACAACAACAUCACCUUCGAGGAGCUGGGCGCCCUGCUGGACAUACCCGCUGUGAAGGCGGAGAAGAUCGCCUCCCAGAUGAUCACUGAGGGCCGCAUGAACGGACAUAUUGACCAGAUCUCGGGAAUAGUACAUUUCGAGAACCGCGAAUUGCUGCCGCAGUGGGACAGACAGAUACAGUCACUGUGCUAUCAAGUGAAUUCCAUAAUCGAGAAGAUAAGUGUCGCCGAGCCCGAUUGGCUGGAUAACCUGAACUGAACCCGGCUCAGCCUUGGCUACCCCUCCAUUUCUGCUCCCAUCACUGUCAUCACCUUCAUCGUCAUGAGAAAAACAAACAGCAAAUAGAAGCGCAGCAAAUCGGAUAUUAGCCGCCGCCCUGUGUCUGUGUUAGAUUUCAUUUUUAAUUUAUAUAAAAAUAAAUGAAAUUAUGUACAUUA